AUGGUCAACAGAUUGGCUAUGAGGUAUUCAUGGUUAAAGGAACAAGUAAGCGUUUUACUAGUGCAGAAAUAACAUCAUUUGAGCUUUUUAGAACCGACCAAAAGGCUACGUUUACAAGUUUGUCAUCGGAAUUCCUAAAUUAAAUUCUACAAAUCGACUACUUCAUCUGAAGAUGGCUCUAAAAGAUGAGCGAGAUCAGUUCCACGACAUGUUGUUUUACAAUCUCCCGGACACUUACAACAACUUAUUCUUGAAAACUGGAGUUCUUUUUCAGUGGUUUCAGAAAUUCUGCACGAAUACUGAGUAUCUAAUAAAAUCAGAUGAUGAUACAGUCAUCGAUCUAGAAAGGUUGGACGAGCAUUAUAUGAAGGAUUUGGAAAAGAAUCAAGAAAUGAUGAUUUGGGGACGAUUAAUCCGCAAUGGAAAAGUUGAGCGAGAUCAAACGAAAAGAUGGUAAGCAAAAGAUCCCCAGAAUAAUAUCUGGAUUCAGGAGUGUUCCUCUUGAAAAAUACCCAAACAAGACGUUUCCUGAUUAUGUAAAUGGUGCUACCUAUAUUAUGAAUCGACAAGCGGUAAAUGCAAUAUUGUCUCAGACUCCAUCUACCUUCACCAUGUUCUUGGAAGACGUUCUUUUUACUGGUAUUCUCAGAACGAAAGCCAAUGUUUUCGUCGCUGAUUUUACCCCUUUAAACUCACAAAAUGGGAUAAGUUUCAUUUUUAGCGUAAACUACUGCUUAGAUUUACGGAGCGUGCCAAAACGGCGUGCCGUUAACAACCGGGGACUUUGGAUUGGCUCCACAAAACAUCGAGAGCACCUAUGAUCGAAUACGAAACCUAACUUGUAACAACCAAACUUCAAGUGUAAGAUCUGACUAGUGUUACAUAUAGUUUUCGAAAUCGCGUCAUGAUUUCUCCUAUUUUCUGCUGUUUACAAUGACCUCAACAUGUGAUAUGGGUUAUAAACAAGGGGAACAAUAAUGAAUGGCCUUUCAUUAAAGCUCCCUCCGAACUUCCGAAUGCUCUGGUUUAUGACAUAAAAGCCGAAAAUAUGGAUCUUUGUGUAAUCUGAUGUAAUUUCACAGCAACAUCUACCACGAUCAAGCAAGAUCUCACACUUCCAAGCGCGGAUCAACAUCGCUCUUCCCCCAAAGGUACAAAAAAAAAUAUAUCUUUUAAUUGUAUUAAACAACUCUUUCCGCUCUUGGUGUCUUUUUCUGUUAAAUUCUUUGGCUUCCCAAAAACACAGGCUCCGCCCUCCUGGCUGGUGGCCCCAAAAAACAGCGGACUUGGCCAUUUCUCGAGGCCUUUUCCCCUCAAAUUGAGUUCUUGUGGUUUUUCUGGGCGUUCUGCCCCAUCGUUCCUUCCUCUCCAAUAUUUCUGGUCCUGGAAAAUGCAGGAGGGAAAGAAGUUUUUCCAAUUUUGAAUAAUUUUUUAUCUUCCGGUUCUCUAGCCAUACUAUAGUAUAGAAAUUAAUAUACGUAUACUAACACGGGAAACACUCCAAGUGCGACGCUCAGUUUUGAUGAGACUAAAUAUUUUGAUGAUUUUUUUCAAAUUCUAAUAUAAAUGCGGGACUCCUACCUCGCGCUUUGCAGAAACGACCCAGAUUUUUGGAAAAAUAUUUUUUCGGCCAAAACUGGCACAUAGAUUGCCAGAAAGUGUUUUUCUCUCCGACAGCUCUCCGCGUUUCGCAUACUCUAUCGGCGCCAAGAUGACCCUCUCUAACAAGCAUGAGCUGAAACUUUUAGAAAUUGAUAUGUAGCAAAACCUGCGAAAUAAAAAAAAAUCUGGGCGUCGCAAUAUUAAGCCUUCCAUUUCAAGCGUAUUUAUGUCUACAAGUUAAAUUUAAAAGUUGAUAAUAUCAAAAAAGAUGCAUAAUAAAGAACGUACAGAUCAAGAGGUUAUUCUAAAAUUAAUUUGAAGUUAAUAUUCAGAAAUUACAAUAGUAUAGGACGUCUUAAACGACUAAAGAUUCAGAUAGUCACCUUAUUUUGCAAAAUUAAUAAUAAAAUUUGUCCCAAGAGCAUCUUUCUCAGUCCUUUCGUAUAAUUCUUACAAUUCCUUCUGAAAGGUUGCAUUCCCUUUCCUCCCCCUCAUGCUUUAUUUAAUUGGGAGUCUGCCAAUACAGCCUUAAGCGUGCCCGAUUAUCGUAUUAUAUUAUAUGCAAGGAAAUACACAUGGCAUUUUAAAUCAUGACUCUGCGAUUUAACUGUCUUCACGCAUAGCGCAAUAUCUCGUAGAUUACUCAUUACAUACAUAUUAAUUUUGUGGCAAUCUGAAAGAUUCUCAGAACGAUCAAUCUGGUGGUUCAGAAGUUGCGUCAUCAUUAAUUAAAGGAAUAUUUAUGGACCUUAUGUAAAUUAGUUUAAGAGGUUAGCUGGAUUAAGGAUUAGCUCAAGAACCUCGUGGCAAUUUCAUAAAUCUAUAUUAUUUUGUCUUCCUUUUUAGAUUUUAAUAGUGUUGUUUUAAUGGAUUGGUUUUAAAAUAUUUGGAAUACCGAGUAAUUGUAAUGUUGCGAUAUCACCCGCAUCUCCAACGAACGCAAUCGACAUCUCAUUAAGUCCAGCUGCAGAGUUAUUACUUAUUUAUCAGUCGGACUUGACUAUCGAUCCCCCUUUCCGCUUAUUUUCCUUUAGCCGAAAAAGAGGAACACUGGGCUAAAAAUGUGGGCGGGGCCGACAAAAUGGCCAGAGCGGCGCCGAAAAGAGGGCCAAAGCCGAGAGAGACGGGGCCGCAGACCAGGAAUGGACUUUCAGUUUUCCCUCUAUUACGAACACAUGUUGUCUGUGCGCUCUCCGCGCCGCACACACUCCCUCCACCCGGCCAUAUAUGUAUUUAUUGCGCGCUUAACCGGGCAAACGUCCAAGUCCGCGUUGAAAGGGGUGGGAAUCUGGGAAACUCUGGACCAUAG